AUGUCGCUCGAUCUGGAGAAACACCUCGUCUUUUAUGGCGCAUACCACAACGACAAGAUCAAUCAGGGCAUUCACAUGGUCUGCGUGCCCAUCAUCCUCGGCUCCGGCUUCUGGGUCGCUGCCAAUUCUCCCACAAUCAUCCCCCUUCCCGCCUGCCUUACCGUCACCAACCUGCAGCUCAAUCUCUGCACGCUCGGCUCGCUGAUCUGGGGUGGUCUCUACGUCCUCCUCGAGCCUGUCGCCGGCACCGCCCUCGCUCUCCUCUGUGUUGGUUCCGCUGCCGCCGGCAACUACGCCUACGCGCAUUACGACGCCUACACGCUCACCACCUAUGCCCUGGCUGCCCACAUCGUCUGCUGGAUCCUGCAGUUUGUCGGCCACGGCAAGUUUGAGCGUCGUGCCCCGGCCCUGUUCGACAGCCUCUUUCAGGCCAUCUUCUUGGCUCCGCUGUUCGUCUGGCUGAAGCUGCUGUUCGCUUUUGGCUACCGCCAGGAGCUGCAGGGCCGCGUCGAUCGGGACGUGCGAAAGGCCGUUGCCAAGUACCGGAUGUCUCGGAAUGCCACGGCGAACGGCACGGCCAAGUAG